GGUCAACAUGACCAUUGCACCACCUGUUAUGACGUCUCCGGCUCCCUCGUCCUCGAAGGCCGAAGAACCCAACGCUAUCCUAGAGCUAACAUGAACAUUGAUAAACCUCAUGCAGGAAACAAGUUUUUCCUUUCGGAAAUCUCAUUCCUCGGGUACGUGGUGACUCGGGGAGGCUUACGGCCGGACUUGCAGAAGGUGGAUGCAGUUCGAGACGCGCCCACGCCCACGUCGCUGACACAUGUCCGAGCCUUUCUGGGGUUCGCGUCCUACUACCGCCGAUUUAUCAAAGGUUUUGCGGCAAUCGCACGACCCUUGACGAAUCUUCUGCGCAAGGACCAACCGCUAACCUGUGACGGGGAAUGUGAACGGACCUUCUCCACUUUGAAGGAGGCCCUGGCCUCCGCGCCCAUCUUAGUUCGACCGGAUCAUGGGAAGCCAUUCAUCCUCAUCACGGAAUGGCAGUCGGAAGCAAUCUCCGCCAUUUUGGCACAACAGGGGAAGGACGGCCGCGAACACGUCGUCGAGUAUGCGUCCCGGACAAUACCCGACGAGCGGAAAAACGAUUCGGCGCCCCAGGGAGAAUGCUACGCGGUGGUGUGGGGCAUCCAACAUUUUCACCCGUACCUGUAUGGGCAGAAGUUUCUUCUCGUCACUGAUCACGAACCACUGCUGGCGCUCAAGAAGUUGACUAACUACACGGGAAUGAUCGGGCGAUGGGCAGUACGAUUGCAGGAAUACGACUUUGACAUCGUCGAUCGUAAGGCAGAAAAACACGGGAAUGCGGACGGACUAACACGUCUGCACAGGCCAGGCAAGGUGCCAAAGGGGGAAGAGAUCACGUCGUGGAAGGAGCCGAAGCAGAGUGAAGGGCUUGAGUACGGACAAGUGGCAAUCCUUCCACGUACUUAGAAGUGAUACGUGUCAAUGAGUGACAGAGGUAAUUUUGGAGGCCCCUUUUCUCCCCUCUCGUCCUCGUCUCUCCUCUCCUUACCUGACAAGUUUUGCUACUUCUGGGAGGCAAUCUCGCGUGUCUAUUCGGUCCCUAUGCGUCCUAGCGCGGAAGGGUACGUCGAAUGUGUAGAUUGUCGACAAUGUGUCUCCAGGGCCCACGGCUCCUGCAUUCAAUACCGAAACACGGACAAGGCUUGGUUGUGCCCCUUGUGUCGAUCCGAUAAAAUUCCUACUGAAGC